CGCCGUCUCUUCUGUUGUAGCGUGACCUCCCUGCCUGCCUGAGGGAGGAAUGUGAGUGGGGUGGCAUUUGCCGACAAGUGUCACCCAGAAGCCACAAGCCUCUCUGAGCACCGGGUCUGAGCUCCACUCAAGACAGAGCAAUGGCUUUAUCCCUGGAAGAAUUUGUUCACUCCCUUGACCUCAGGACCCUCCCCAGGGUCCUGGAAAUCCAGUCCGGCAUCUAUUCUGAAGGCUCUGUUUAUGAAAUGUUUGGAAAUGAAUGCUGUUUGUCAACAGGAGAAGUGAUUAAAAUUACUGGUCUCAAAAUUAAGAAGAUCAUUGCUGAAAUUUGUGAGCACAUUGAAGGUCAUGAGUCUCCACAGCCAUUUGAAUUGCCUUUGAAUUUUCCAGGUCUUUUUAAAAUUGUGGCUGAUAAAACUCCAUACCUUACUACGGGAGAAAUUAUAAGAACCAUUCAUAUUGGACCAAGUAGACUAGGACAUCCUUGCUUCUAUCAUCAGAAGGAUAUAAAAACAGGGAACCUCAUCAUAAAGCAGGGUGAGAAAAUCAUGCUCAACUCAGUUGAAGAGAUCAAUGGAGAAAUGAUGGUGAACUGUGGAGUAGUAAGGCAUCAUCAAAAUCACUCAUUUACUUUGCCUUUGUCACAAGAAGGAGAAUUCUAUGAGUGUGAAGAUGAACACAUUUAUACCCUAAAGGAGAUUGUUGAAUGGAAGAUCCCCAAGAACAGAACACGGACUGUGAAACUUACAGAUUUUUCAGAUAAGUGGGAUGCAACAAAUCCAUUCCCAAAAGAUUUUUAUGGCUCUCUGAUUCUCAAGCCUGUUUAUGAAAUUCAAGGUGUGAUGAAAUUCCAGAAGGAUAUAGUCCGCAUCCUCCCCAAUUUAGAUGUUGAAGUCAAAGACAUUACUGACUCUUACGAUGCUAACUGGUUUCUUCAGCUCUUAUCUACAGAAGAUCUUUUGGAAAUGACCAGUAAAGAGUUUCCCAUAGUAGCUGAAGUCAUAGAAGGGCCUCUUGGAAACCAGCUACCCAGAAGCAUUUUACAGCCUGGGAAAACCAUUGUGAUUCACAAAAAAUACCAGGCUUCGAGAAUCUUAGCUUCAGAAAUUAGAAGCAAUUUUCCUAAAAGACACUUCUUGAUCCCCACUAACUAUAAAGGCAAAUUCAAGCGGCGACCCCGGGAGUUCCCAACUGCCUAUGACCUAGAGAUAGCUAAGAGUGAAAAGGAGCCUCUCCAUGUGGUGGCCACCAAAGCCUUUCAUUCCCCUCAUGAUGAGCUGUCAUCGGUAAGUGUCGGGGACCAGUUUCUAGUGCAUCACUCACAGACUACUGAAAUCCUCUGUGAGGGAAUCAAAACAGUGGUGGACAUUCUGGCCUGUGAAAAAAUCCUCAAAAAGUCUUAUGAGGCAGCACUGCUCCCUUUGUACAUGGAAGGAAAUUUUGUAGAGGUGAUUCAUGAUAAGAAACGGUACCAGAUUUCUGAGCUCUGUACACAGUUCCGCCUGCCCUUCAAUGUGAAGGUGUCUGUGAGAGACCUUUCCAUUCAAGAGGACAUUUUGGCUGCUACCCCAGGACUGCAGUUGGAGGAAGAGAUCACAGACUCUUAUCUACUCAUAAGUGACUUUGUCAACCCCAGGGAGUGCUGGGAAAUUCCUGCUGGCCGCUUGAAUAUGACUGUACAGCUAGUUAGUAAUCUGUUUCGGGAAACAGGAUUGUUUACAGUCAAGACUCUGGUAGAAGAGAUCACUGAAGAACAAUAUUAUAUGAUGCGGAGAUAUGAAAGCUCUUUCUUGCAUCCUCCACCUCGUCCUCCCAAACAUCCCACAGUGGUGGAAACAAAGUUAACUCCGUUAACCUCAGUGGAAGAAGAGAUAGUGGGUCUGCCUAAGUCUCCCAAGCUUGUGUCAUUUCAGAGUCUCCAUGUAAACAUAUCCAAGAAACUGCACUCAAAUCGAGCUGGCCUGGAUUCAAAGGUACCAGUUGGUUGUCAGAAUGAUCCAGAGAGAGAGAGGAGCAAGAGUGAGGCAAACUGCAGUUGCAGACAUCAAUGUGACUACAGAACUCUUCCAAAAUGAAAAACACCAAAAAAAAAAAAAAACAAAAAAACAAAACAAGAUGUGACUGAAGCCACAUGGGCAGUGAAUAUAAAUGUUACAAAAGAAAACUAGACCUCAUCUUUCAGCUAAAAAUGACUAUUCCCCCAGUGGACACCAGAAGAAACUGACCAGCACUGCAAAUGAGAAAACAACCUUAAAAGUCUUAAACAAACUAAAAAUGCUUAAAGUAAACCUAUGACAAGGAAUUCAUGUACUCUAUUCUGUUGUAACAAAAGCUCUAUGUAUUAUUUCAUUGUUACUUAGGACAUAUUUAUUUAGUGUGCACUUUUUUCUUUUCGUGGUUUUAAUUCUAUUUGAACUAUUAAAUUGAGCUAUUAAAAAAUAACUAUUCAGCUUCUGAAGAAAACCAGCUCAAAAUAGGUUAAAAGCUAUACAAGUACUUUCGUUUUCUUUCAGAAUUUAUUUUGCCAGUUUUCUCAUGUUAUUAUCAUUCCUGUUCUUAAGAAUUUAAAUAACUCAAUUACACCUGAGAGUGAUUUAAAAUACCCAGUUUUUUAAAUCUGAUUCCCCUGGAGCUGUUGAAAUGAGUUUGACUUCAUAUGGUUAGUUUAUGUCAUAAAUACACUGUAUAAAUACGUUGAAGGCUCAACGAAGCUAUUCUGAGUCACUGUAUUUUCCACCACUCUCCUUCCACAAACAUCCAGAGUUCACCUCUUACUGCAAUAUCACCAGAGUUAUGAUAAUAUGCCUUAUAUUUUAUGUACUGUAUACUAGACAAACUUUUAAAUUAAUGUUUAUUAGGAUUAUAGGAAAGCUAUGUAGUUAUUCAUUAUGUUUGAGGGAAAGAAAAAGGCAAUAGAACUGUAAAGAGUUAUGGUAAGUUUGGUUGCCUACAAGCCAAAGUGAUUCUUCAGUGCACACUAGAAUAAUCCUCUUGUACAAUGUGUGAAAAUUACUAUAAGGGCUUUCAGGUAUUGAGAAUUUAUGUUAUCAUUAUGUAUUAAGCAGGUAGGAACAAUAUUAUUUUGCCGCUAACAAAAUGGGGAGGCAGAAGUUAUCUGGUUAAACUUACACUUGAGGUUAAAGGCAAGCCAAGGACUUAGGAACAGGUUUCUGGGUUCGUAGGUCCUACCAUUUAUAAAAAAUAACUGUUAGCUAACCUCCUAUUUCACAAUUAUUUUACUUAUGUGUACAAAUAAUUUAUUGAUUUAGUAUCAGGAGUUUCUGAAGACAGUAAAUCAUGAGACAUCUUUUUAAGAGAAAAAAAGAUUGCAGUUAGAGAUAUUUCACACAAUGUUUGUAUUCUGAUUUAGCUAACAUUCCUUUGUUAUUUUUUUCAUUUUAAGAGGAAAUGAAUCCUUAUCUCCAAUAAUCAAUUGUUUAGUGAAUUGAUUGUGGUAAUAACUUUUGUUAUAUACAAUUUCUAAAAUUUUCUGGGAUGGUUUCAAUUUUAUUGGUUCUGCCCAUCAUAACAAGAACUUUUUGAAGUUUAUGAACCCAUAUUUGAUUAUUAAUAUCCAAAGAGAAUUGUGGCUGGAUUCAGCAACCUUAGCCAACUGCACCAACUAGUAGAAAUCACAGGCCAAUUUGUUAUUUCCAAAUACUAGUGAAUACUUAAUAUUUCUUAUUUGGUAUUUGAGAGCAGUUACAUUUUUAUUCUCAGCAAAUAUAAAAUUCAUUGAUUAGAAAAUCAAGACAAUGCAUGUCUUAGCUUGAUUGCACAUAUCCAAGGACUUGCUAGUGGAUAUCAUAUAUAACAUUUCUAACUUAAGCCAUUUGAUACACAGUGUUCUCGCUGUCUUUUGCCUCCAUCAUUAAAAAAUUGUAGACUUGAAAUUGAGAAAGUUAAAAAACUUUAUGAUCACCUAUGCAAUGAUUUGGGAGGUAGAAAAUAAAUUUCCUAACUUUCA